CCAUCUAUUCUGCUCUGUCUAUCUCAAUGUGCUAUUCCCGGAGAAAAAGGGGAAAAUAAUACCUUCAAUAAUUGGUUAUUCCCGUGUUUAAUCUCCCACGACCAGCCCAGGAGGGAACUGCCGUCAUAGUGGAAUGUGUUAUUACAAUCCGCGUUAUAUUUAUGAAUGUAUAUGCACAUGUAAACUCUACCAACCAUUCGAAUUCAAAAGAAAUAUGCAAGAAACUGGAAACAUUCGAAGGAUUUUUGUAUUUUCUUCAUGUUUAGAAGAAUCAGAACCCAUUUAAGAAUGUGUUGGGGACUAUCAAAGCGCUAUUAGGAACCUUGCUGAUGUGAGUAGGGGUACACAUUUCAGCAACAAAAGAAAAGACAGAGAAGGCCCUUUGGAUUGAGAAAAAAACAGCAAAGAACAGCCAUCACAGAAACGGGGGAAAAUCAGGAAAAUUAUAUUAUUUCGGGGAUCUAAACUGAAAAUCGGACUCACAGUUUAGAUCGAGGAUCAUCUUAUGGAUAUAAAAGGAGUUGAAUGAAGACGGAAGCAAUGGAAAUAUUACACAUGUAGUUCGUUAAGUGUAGCCUUAAUAUAGUUGUAUUUAUCUAGUUUAUCUAUAGGCUAUGCGUAGAGAAAUGCCGUUUUAAGGAAAUACACAGAAAAUACGCCUUUCCCCAAAAUAUGUUUAUUAUAACUUUUGCCAAAAAGAUCCAUGUCAUUGUACAGCCGAGUUUCUGUGUCAUGCCGAGUUUGGGUCCCUGUCACAGGCAACAGUGAGACGUGAGACCCGGGCUGUUCGUGAGAUGAAAAUAAGCUAUUUAUCCCCUCCUCAAUUGAAUGUGAAAGAGGUAAAAGCCUCAAUCAACCUUAACAUCUGUGGAUGGUCAUCAAUAUCGGUAUAUAAAAACUAUAUGUGAAGAAGGAAAACCCUAACAGAAUUGACCAAGUGAGAGGGCGGCCUGGGUGUCGUCAUCAACAGUCUCCUACCCUCUGACAGCAAGAUCUACUGAAAAUACGCAUUAUGUACACAUAAUUACAAGCGCGGUAGGACAACGUUUUAAAACGGAUUAGUUCGACGUAACACUAAACAACAAGACUGUAUACAUGUCGUUAAUAUUAUUCUCAAUUCCGUGGGCCAACAGAGGGAUCUAGAAUAGUUUGUUUAUUUAUUUUUUCACAUUCCCCCUCCCCUGGACCCUAUUUCUUGCGGGAAGAUGGGUUGUUUGGGCAACAGCAAGACUGAAGAUCAGCGAAAUGAGGAGAAGUCACAAAGAGAAGCAAACAAAAAGAUAGAGAAACAACUUCAGAAGGACAAACAGGUAUAUAGAGCAACUCACAGGCUACUACUUUUGGGGGCUGGUGAGUCAGGGAAGAGCACCAUAGUGAAACAGAUGCGAAUCCUCCAUGUGAAUGGCUUCAAUGCAGAAGAGAAGAAGCAGAAAAUUCAUGAUAUCAAGAAUAAUAUUAAAGAAGCUAUUGAGACCGUAGUAGCAGCUAUGAGUACACUGACGCCUCCCGUUCAGCUCGCCAAUCAACACAACCAAUACCGAAUCCAAUAUGUCCUCAACCUAGUCAAUCAGAAGGACUUUGAAUUCACAUCUGAGUUUUAUGAAAAUGCAAAGACUCUCUGGCAGGAUGAGGGCGUGAGGGCGUGUUUUGAGAGAUCCAAUGAGUACCAGCUGAUCGACUGUGCGCAGUACUUUCUAGACAAGAUUGACAUUGUGAAACGGAGUGACUACACUCCCACUGAUCAGGACCUACUGAGAUGCAGAGUGCUCACCUCUGGGAUCUUUGAGACCAGAUUUCAGGUGGACAAAGUCAAUUUUCACAUGUUUGACGUUGGUGGUCAAAGGGAUGAACGUCGGAAAUGGAUCCAGUGCUUUAACGAUGUAACAGCCAUUAUUUUCGUGGUGGCCAGUAGCAGCUACAACAUGGUGAUCCGGGAGGACAAUCAGACCAACCGUUUGCAGGAGGCUCUAAAUCUAUUCAAGAACAUCUGGAACAACAGGUGGCUGCGGACCAUUUCUGUCAUCCUAUUCCUCAACAAACAGGACCUGCUAGCAGAGAAGGUGUUGGCUGGGAAAUCAAAAAUUGAAGAGUACUUCCCAGAGUUUGCACGCUACACCACACCGGAUGAUGCAACACCAGAACCAGGGGAGGAUCCACGCGUCACGAGGGCAAAGUACUUCAUACGAGAUGAGUUCCUGAGGAUCAGCACAGCCAGCGGAGACGGCAGGCACUAUUGUUACCCCCAUUUUACCUGUGCCGUCGACACGGAAAACAUCCGCCGGGUCUUCAACGACUGUCGGGACAUCAUUCAGAGGAUGCACCUUCGGCAGUACGAGCUCUUGUGAUGGGAGGGGGCUACAACACAGACUCUGAACCUCCACCUCCGGUCUCUCCCUGACCCCCCUGAAACCCACCCCUGUCGACCUGCUCCUAACUCGGUGUACUCUUGGGGACUCCUGAAGUCAAACUAGAUAUGAGCUACGGAGUAACCUGGAAAGACUAUUGAAAUACUGCAAAACACAGAAUACAUCCAAGCCAGAUCAGCUGAACUCCACUGCACUUUAGCACUGUGCUCAGGACUCGAACCCAUUUCACCACACACACAAGCGUAUACACGCUGACAUAACACCGAACUCUCUCUUUUUCACACCAUUAGUUUAUAUUUUGAGACACACACACUUAGACACACUUGCUCUCAAAUUUACCCUCCGAUAAUUGCUUGCUGUUCUGAAAAAGAACACGCUUUUACUUGACCACAUGGUCCUGGACUGGGUGAGCUCAGACUCUUAGCUGCUCACUGUCUGCAGCCACAGAUUGACUGGCUCAGUGCUUUCAAUGACUUCACAGCCAAGAUACCUACUAGAAGCAACGUUGAUGACUGACAAUAAACCAGAGAAGCAUCGUGGUGGGCAGGGCAUGGGGGAAGGGGAAUAUCUAUGUCAAUUUGGUGGAGCUUGGACACCAUGACGCUCACAGGAUUGUCACAUGACUUUGCCUUGUUUGUACAGCAGCGGGAGGGAAAAGGCCAACGUUCACAGAACUCAACGGAGUGCAAAAAACAUAUACAGUACCAUAUAAGUGAAGUCCGAUCAGCCCUGUUUCUGUCUCCAGUUGUUUUGUCUGUGUAAACUUUUGUGCCAUUGUGCCCCCCUCUCUCUUUCAUCACCCAUCCUCCCUGUCCACUCUCUUAACCUCACCUCAUACCCUGCACUGUUACUUUACUGGCAAUGCUCUUUGUUUUAUUUUUAAAGAAAAAAGUAAUCCUGAAAUUAAAAAAAAAAAAAAAAAAAAA